CCGGGUCCCUUCGUGCGGUGUAGCAGGUCGGUAGGCGGGAAAUGGCGACUGGCUGCUGAGCGGCCGCGGAGCGCCGAGCCCCGGCGGCGGUGUAAACACAGCACCGCCCGCACGGCCCGGCCUGGCCCGCACCGCCCGCUCGCCGGGGACUCGUCCGGCGGGGCCCGCCCGGCUCCCCGCGCCGCAGCUUUACAUGUGGUACUCAUGAAAAUGAGGCUGAGAACGCGGAAGGCUUCUCAGCAGUCCAAUGCAAUUCACGCGCAGCGCGCACAGAGGGCCAAGAGGAAACACUCGGAGGUGGAGGAGAGCCUGCCUGGCGGCGGGGGGAAGCCGCAGAAAAAUGAGACGGGCCUCCUGUCUUCAAUCAAGAAGUUUAUUAAAGGCAGCACGCCCAAGGAAGAAAGAGAAAAUCCUGCAAAAAGAAGUAGAAUUGAACGGGAUAUAGAUAACAACUUGAUCACGUCCACACCUCAAACAGGAGAAAAGCCUAAUAAACAGAUCUCUCGAGUCAGACGGAAAGGUCAAGUGAAUGGAGAAGCUGGAAGUUACGAAAUGACAAACCAACAUGUGAAGCAGAAUGGGAAAUUGGAAGAUAAUCCUGCCACUGGCAGCCCCCCGCGAACCACGUUACUGGGAACCAUCUUUUCUCCCGUCUUCAAUUUUUUUUCACCAGCAAAUAAAAAUGGAACAUCAGGAUCGGAUUCUCCAGGACAAGCUGUUGAGGCUGAAGAAAUAGUCAAACAGCUUGAUAUGGAGCAGGUAGAUGAGAUUACUACAAGUACUGCAACGUCAACCAAUGGAGCAGCUUACACUAGCCAGGCAGUGCAGGUCAGAUCUGCUGUCAACAAUGGUUUAGAAGAAGUAGAAGAAACAAAUGAUCGUGACCUGCCACCACUUACAGCACCAGUAUCUCCAGACAGUGGCUACUCAUCAGCUCAUGCAGAAGCCACCUAUGAAGAAGACUGGGAAGUCUUUGAUCCAUACUAUUUCAUCAAACAUGUUCCACCACUAACAGAAGAACAACUGAACAGGAAGCCAGCUCUUCCACUGAAAACAAGAAGCACACCAGAAUUUUCAUUAGUUUUAGACUUGGAUGAAACAUUAGUGCACUGUAGUCUGAAUGAAUUAGAAGAUGCUGCACUCACUUUUCCAGUUCUUUUUCAAGAUGUCAUUUACCAGGUUUACGUGCGGUUAAGGCCGUUCUUCCGAGAAUUCCUGGAACGUAUGUCUCAGAUUUAUGAGAUCAUUCUUUUUACUGCUUCUAAGAAGGUGUAUGCAGACAAAUUACUGAAUAUCCUAGACCCUAAAAAGCAACUAGUCAGGCAUCGACUUUUCCGUGAGCAUUGUGUCUGUGUACAAGGAAAUUACAUAAAGGAUUUAAACAUUCUUGGUAGAGAUCUUUCAAAAACGAUCAUCAUUGACAAUUCACCGCAAGCCUUUGCCUAUCAGCUUUCCAAUGGAAUUCCUAUAGAAAGCUGGUUCAUGGAUAAAAAUGACAAUGAACUCCUAAAAUUGAUUCCAUUUCUGGAGAAACUUGUAGAGCUGAAUGAAGAUGUCCGGCCUCACAUCAGAGACAGAUUUCGCUUGCAUGACUUGCUACCCCCGGAUUAAGCCUUCGGUCUGAUUACUGGAGGGGGAGAAAAUGCAGGACCCUUUUGGACUGAAACAAAACAUUGCCAUUACUGUUGAAAUUUUGCAUUUUUGUACCCCGUCUUGCUUUUCUUAUCUUUGGUGCCCAACAAUAAUCAAGGGUUACAGAAAGAGACUUUAUAUAUCUGAGAUUGAACACAAACAGUACAAUACAGUACAACGCAGUAGGUAGGCUAGAACAGAAAAGUCUUUAGAACUAGUGCGACUCCGAUGAAAUUUUUUAUGUACAGGACAUCUGCAGUUUAUAAAGAAUUCUGUUUCUGCCACCAGCAGUUUGACCUGUAGAAACACAGGAUUUUAUGAUAUAACAGAGAUUGAAAAAAGAGUCUUCUUUUCUCUCUGUUCGGUGCUCUAAGUGGGUUUGUAGCCACUUUUCUGUUACUUUAGAGAUUCUCAUUUCAACAGGAAUGGCCAGUAAAAGUUGUUUUUAUUUUUCCUGUUAAGGUUUAUAACCUUUUUACACUUUUGACCUGUAUUAGAUUAGAAUUUCAUUAUGCAUUCCUUUUAGUUGAGGCGCUUCAUAGUUUUUCUGGGAAUAGCCAAAUUUUCUUAGUUUUUUAUUAUACAGUUGAAUGGCCGUUUUCCUGCUUCGUCUGCCUGCAUACUGUAUAUUUGUUUAAAAAUAUUCUCUAGUUUUAAUCCACGUAAGUUUCAUUUAGAAAGAAAAACCCCGCAUUUAUAUUUUGUUUCUGUAAUAUUCUACUGUAGUUGAAAUCUUUUCAGAAAUCGAGAGACUGGCUAGAUAAGAAGAAUAUAAGAAUUACUAAUAUUCAGAAUAUUUUAAACCAUUGUGAUGGCACGUGCUCCGGACAGACAGUAUCUUGCAGUGGCACAAACAACGGUGGACAAGGAAUACCUCAGGCUGUCCUGUGCAUGCCAGCCCUGGCGGGAGAAUAGCUUGGUCCGUGCGGGCGCCACGCGUCGCAGCGCCGCUGCCUCGGGGCCGCUCCGCGAGCGGCGAGGGCUGCAGGCUCAGCGUUCCGGACGCGCUGCUGGGCUGCGCCGCCUCCGCUGCGCCGCUCCUCGCUGCGGCCCGUUGGAGCGGCGCCCGGCAGGAGGUGAGCGCGGCGCUGUGCCGUCAGCCUGCCGUCGUGGUGGUCGCUAUGCUAUGUGGAAAUAGUCUUUCAGCCGUGGUUCUCUAAUGCAGCUACUGCAAGAGGUCGAUAUUUUUAUAAUGGCGUGUAAUCUCCUGUUGAGGAGCUUUUUAUGGAAGGUAUAAUUUGUAAAAGUUAGGGUGUUUGCCUCUCGACUGCAUUGACAUGCCACAGGCUCAGACUGUUUUUGUGUAAAAGAUGUCACAGAACGGCACUUUUUCUAAAGAGAAGUUUGAUAUUUUGUAUGCUUGUUAAGAAAGUACAGUAUUGGAAAUUAAAGGUGGACAACUGAUAAUUGAGAAGUAUGUCAAUUAAUUUUUUAUGUAUAUUACCUGUUUACUUGUACAAUUUUAUUGUACAAAUUACAUGCAGCUUCAUUUUCAAAUGAGUCCUUAAAGUAAGGAAAAUCUUUUUAGGAAAACAUUUAAUUUUUGUAUUUUUGAUUUUAAAAGGCAUGAGUUAUGUCAACUUUUUCCAGUGUAUUAAUGAAGAUUUUAACUUUUCAUCAGGUUGAGUGUUUUCUUACUAUAUUAUCUGUUGUGUAUGUAGCUAGCACAUUGUGUCACUGAACUGUUUAAAGAGAUUAGCAUGUAGAGCAAGCCUGUUUUGUGGAAAAUCCUUAUUCAUUAAAAAAAUCAUCAUGGCAGGUUUUCUGCAAAAAAGUGGAAACAUUUGCAAUUCAGAAUACUGAUUUUUUUUUUUUUUUUGUAUUUAAAGAAAAGUAUUUUGCUUGCAGGAAAGAAAUACUACAGAUUCAUUUUAAUGAGAAUCUUUUAAAUGUAUUUAUCUUUAGGGCAUCUGGGCAUCUUUACACUGUUUGUCUUAUGUCUUUAUUGAAAUAAAAUGUACAUAACAUUACCUUUAUAUAUGCUUUUGCGCAGCCGUGUGAGCCUGUAACCAUCCCUGCUCCUCCUGUUUUUAUGUUGAUGAGAUGGUUCUGGAAAUAUUUAUGGAGUUUGAAAAUGGUCGGCUUGUAUUUGAAUUGCUACAUGGUUUGCCAACUAUUUUUUAGCUGCUCGUUAAAAUGUAAAUCUAAAUCUGAGAUUUUUAAUUGGUUUUAACGGCGAAUCCCUGUUGAACGUGGAAUUCUUCCAGAUUUCUUGGAGUAAUUUACACCGUAGGACUGCUUUACCAUCACCAGGCUACCAGAAGGAACCCGUCUUUGCUCAGUAGCUCAUAGCUGUUCUCUGACUGUAAGCAGGGACGGCCGUCUGUCCGAUGCCGUCCUGACACGCGUCCCGUCUCUAAAACAUUCUAGAAGUGCUUUCUUUAGUUAAGGAAACCAAAGCAUACAUUGCACUUUACAGCUGUAUCUGUGUUGUGAUUAUCAGAUCAGUGAGGGAAAUGGAAAUGUAAAUUGGAGGAUUUAGUUCUACAUAGAUGCACAACAAAAGUUACAGAGGCUGCUUAGUAAACAGAUUAAAUAUUAAUACUUUAAUGUGCUGCAAGUCUGAUAUUUAUCAUUCUGAACUUUGCAGAAUGAGUCUGCCUUCCUCAAAAUGCGAGUUCCUAACAAUGUCAAAGACUUCUGGCAUAAAAACAAGUCUUUGCACGAAGCAAAGUUCUGUUCCUUCGGCUUUGAUUUCCAUCAGCCUCGAGGCUGAGGCCUCGCUGUUUGACUUCAGUCUGGAUCAAAUUGUGCAGACCGAAAUUGGCGCUGUCUCAGCUGCGGCUGUUACUUGAGGUUGAAUGUAGAACUGUGCUGCUUGAGCAGUUCAUCGUGUAGCUGUAUCAUUUAUUCUCAUUUUAUGUAUGUUUAGGAAACACACCAUCGUAUUUCAAAGUUCUUAAUGGUUUCGUUUUUGUCUGUGGUUUCAUUUGUGGUCUUCGACUUGAUUCUGGCAAUGUUUGCUAAUUGAAUGUCUUUGUAUGUAUUCUGUUCUAGGUUUGAGUGUUUUUCCUUUGGACAGCAAAACAACGAUAUUUCGUACUUCCAUUAUUGGCUGCUUUUCUACCUUUGGUUCAUUUCACCUUCCAUCUCUAUGGAAAAAGAUUUUUUUUUAAUUAUUAUUCAAAUGUAUCUGAAAACCUGAAUGUUUCAAGACCUGAUCAAACAUCUUCCAUAGGAAGAGUUGUAUCAGCUGAAUGCGUGCUGUGAGGAGGCACUUCUUUAAGCAGACCACUAAAAUGUGUUACUAAAAGUAACCAGAUGUGUAAGUGCAGAACUGUUGGCUCUCACUCACUGUUGGAAGCAGGCAUCCUUCUCAUUCCGUACCUUCUCCCCUCCCAGACUCUUCCAGAGACCUUUUUAGGCACAAGGUGGAUUGGCACAACUGGCAAAGCAUGGAGCCCAGCGAGGAGAGGGGCUGGGAGUGAGUGCAGAUCUCAUCAGCCUGCCUCCCAGUAGCAGCGUGGUGAUGUGGGCCCGUGGUCUGCAGCAGCCUGUAAUGGUAGAGCUUGGGUGGUUGGUCAGGAAAGCUGUCCGGACACACAAGAGUGUUACUAUCCAAGUAAAUACCCAUGUCUCUUGAUUUUUUUUUUUCCUUCUGGUUCUGACUUCCUUAUAGCAUUGCAUUGCAAACCAUUACCUUUAUUCUCUGUGUAAAUCAGCCGCAGCCUGUUGGUGCAGACAUUAAGGUAGAUGAUGGCAUUUGUAACUUAACAGAUGUGACUGAAACUGAGGAAAGCUCUGUCCGUGGUGGGGUGCCUACAUGAGUGAAUUGUGGCUGCUGAACUCGGUGUGUCCUCACUGUCACUCCUUUCAUCUGACUGGGGGACUGGAUUAGCACUGAGCACACCUAAAUUUGGGGAGUUAGGAAAGUUACCUGUGCCUUCUUUGUCUCCUCUCCAUCCUGUGCUCCCUUCUGUUUGAAGGACUUGGAGAGCACACCUUUACAAAGCUAGAAUUCCAGUGUAAAAUUAAUAUUUACAUGGUUGAAAUUAAUCUGGUAUGUGUAGGUAAAUGGAAUGGAUUUCAGGAAGUCAAGGCCAAAAAGUAAACAUUUGCAAUAUAAUUGAAAGACCAAGCACCUACUGGUGUGAUAUCAGCACAGCUGUUGGGUUUGUUUCAAGAAGCGCAACAAGAAACUAAUUGCUAUUUCAUUAAAAUAACGUCUUCCGCUGUAAGUAGAAUUUCAAGUUAAGUACUGGUUCUUUUUAUGGGGAAACGACUUCUGUGGAUUUGUGCAGCAGAGCAGGCAGGUGGUUCAGCCAACCCACUGAGCUUCUUUAAUCUCAUUAUCAAAGCCCGAUACAAUAAAAUGAAAAGAUGAGAGUCAGGUGGCGCCUCGGCAGCAGCGCGGUGCUGACGGCCGCUUCUCCCUCCUCUGCCUGGGGAUGGCGCUUCAGUCCCCAGGGCUGCGCUGGGCCCGAGCAGGAGCUGCUCGUUGGGGUCGCCGUGCUGUGCUGCCCGAGGUCGGUUAGGGCUGCUGCGGGAAGGCUCACGGGAAGAUGGUUUUUGUGGGAAUGUAAUGGCCACGUUGAAGUCGUUCCGCUGCAGAACAAUGUUGUGAACUUCAGAGACAUUAAAGGACUGUUCUCAAAGAUCUGAUCAGGCCAAAACUGUGUCAUUGCAGAUUUGCAUCUUGGAUUUCUGAUGCUUAAAUAAAAUGGUUAACAAGUUGAUAAAUGGCUGAUGAGAAGUAGCGUAGAUGCAUUGUUUUCUUAGCUAGUAGUCAUCAUUUUGUAAAAAACAAACAAAAAAGAUAUAUAUAAAUUAAAAAAAAAGACAGCAACUUCUUUGUUUGGAAGCAAGCAAGGAAGGCUUGGUAAGGAUUGACUUGUAUAGGUUCUGUUAAGCACAUCACUAUUUUGGUUGUCUUGACUGUGUAAUGUAAUAUUGUUUUGCUUUAUUUUUUUUAUACUUGCAAAAAUGUCAUUGUACUGAUAGGCUGAAUCUUGUAAAAUACAAUUGGAAGAGAACCAAUGUUCUACAAAUUUGUGUUUUUUUCUGCUAUCAUUUCUAGUAUAUAGAAUCAUAAAGAUUUAUAUUAAAUAUU